GCCACGCUGAAGUCAGACCAGGAGUACAACCCUGGGCCAGCCGACUUUUGCUGCCUCUCCUGUGGCCAUUUGAUAUAGUUAUUACUUCAGGUCUUUCUGGCCCUGCCUUGAACUUUGAGAAAAAUUAUUAUCUUUAGUGAACGUGACUUUUCUCAGGUUGGGGCGUCCGGAUUUCCAGUCAUCGUGCAGGCCCUGAAUCCCCACAUCCUGCCAGUGCUGAUUCACUCACGAGGGUGGUUUGAAUGGAUUAAAAUUAAAUUUGUAUAUAUGGAGCCCACCCUUGAGGUGAACAUAUCAAUCCUUUUACACCAGAGAAAGCAAGAGAAAUUAUAAUGUCUUUACAACAACCUGCAGUCUUCUGUAACAUGACUUGUGAUUGGCCAGCACAGCACUGGACUGCUGAACACCUUUCUGAGGUCCUUCAUGGCAAGCAGGUACGAUUCAGGAUGGGAAUGAAAAGAACAGACACAGUUCCUCAGUUUGAAACUACAUGUGGUUAUGUAGAAGCUACGCUUGAAGAGUUUCUGACCUGGAACCAUGACCAGUCUCCUCUUUCUGGACCUUUUAGAGAUUAUGAUCAUUCCGAAUUCUGGGCUUAUGCGGACUAUAAAUAUUUUGUCAGCCUAUUUGAUGACAAGACAGAUAUUUUCGAGGAUGUGAUAUGGUCUGACUUCGGGUUUCCUGGAAGAAAUGGACGGGAAAGCACCUUGUGGAUUGGCUCUAUGGGGGCCCAUACUCCCUGUCAUCAGGACUCCUAUGGUUGCAACUUAGUAUUCCAGGUACAAGGAAGGAAAAGAUGGCAUCUCUUUCCUCCUGAAGAUACGGCUUUCCUUUACCCGACUAGAAUCCCUUAUGAAGAAUCUAGUGUGUUCAGUAAAAUCAAUGUUGUCAAUCCUGAUUUAAAACGUUUUCCUCAGUUCUGCAAAGCUCGAAGACAUGUGGUUACCCUGAACCCAGGACAGGUUCUGUUUGUCCCCAGGCACUGGUGGCAUUACGUGGAAUCCAUCGAUCCUGUCACUGUCAGUAUGAACUCAUGGAUUGAGCUGGAAGAGGACCACCAAGCCCGGGUAGAAGAGGCAAUCACACGCAUGCUUGUGUGUGCCCUGAAAACUGCAGAGGACCCACACAGUACCAGAGCUUGGUUAAACCCAACUGAGAUUGAGGAAAUAUCCCAUGAAGUCAAUUGUCGCUACUUAAAUAGAGCCGUUUCUGCACUUUUUGAUCAUUACAGAACAUCUAAGGUAGUAGAAAUCCAAGCACUAAGAACAAAUAGAGAGAACAAGAAAAAAGAAGGAUUAAAUGUGCACGAUCACAUGGAGAUGGAACAAACAAGUGGCCAGGACUUAAUCUUGGGAACUGUAAAGCAGGAUGCAGCAAGUCCCUUUGGCCCUGAUCUGGUUCCUGUAAUGCCAAGUUCUGAAGAAUUAUUCUCAGAUAGAGAAGGUGUAUUUGAAGAUGAUGGUAAAGACUUUGUUGGCAAAGAUGGAGAACACUCUGGAAAACUGCACUGUACCAAGAGGCAACGAAUGAUGAGUAAAAGUGAGGAUGCAAUUGUGGAACAAAAUGCUUCAAAUAGUAGUAUGGCUGCUUCUCAAACAUUUAUUUCUACAGAUGACUUGCUAGACUGCUUGGUGAGUCCGCAAGUAACCAGAAUAGUGGCACAACUUCUUAUACAAGGAAAACGUUUGUGGUUCUAACGAAAAUGGCUUUCAAAAUAUUUUUAAAAUAUUUUUUGAAAUAGUAUGGUUUUUAAAUAAAAGAUGGAAGAGCAAAAAGUUAAUUUGCACAUGCUUGUACUUGUUCUUACCUAAUUGCAUUUCAGUCUCUCCCGACCUUCACUGAUGAACAUUGCUCUUUGGCCAAACUGCCUCUUUGUUAUUUGUUAGGCCUUCUUUCUUCCAUGACUUUGCCAUUCUUCUCCCGACCUAUCCUUUUAGACUAUCUCAAGUGUAAGUCCCAGGUGUUCUUAACAGAAAGUAAUUUCUUCAGCAGCCUCAAGCAGAGGUCAGUCUGCUGUUUGUUUUUGUAAAUAAAGUUUUAUUGGAACACA